ACCAGCUUAUAUUUCAGCUCUUUCCUGGACUCGAACUCAAGUUCUGUCGAAGGGUCAUGAGGACUCGAAACGUCAACUCUUUUCUAUAUUCAGACUUGCUUGAUUUUUGAGUGGUGAGCACUUUGCAAGUUUCUUUUUUAGUUGGAUUGUGUGGCACUCUUAUUUGUCAGUGACUCCCAUGCUCUGAGGGUGUAGAUACCCUCCUGCUGGCCUCUGUAGCCCACUCUGGGUGACAGCCUGACUCCUCCAGCACAGCCUGACUCCACCCGGAACUGAUUAGACGCCAUUUUACGUGGGGUCAGGCCGGACUUCCGAGUGGCCGGUUCGGUGCUUCACUCCUGAGGAACUGACUGUCAAAGAUGAACGCGCUUCAGAGGAAACUUCUGCAGAGGCAUCGCGUGCAUCUGGUGACAAAACUGAAGCCCGAGCUCAUUUAUGACUUUCUGGUGGCGAAAGGCGUUUUCACGGACGACAUGAUAGAGGAAGUCAAGAAUUCGGGCACACGUCGGGACCAAGCCCGUCAGUUGGUAAUUGAUCUGCAGACUCGCGGGACAGGAGCAUUUCCUGCUUUUUUGGAAAGUCUGCAGGCAACUGGGCAACAUGAGCUUCUUGAUUUACUGCAAGAGGAGCUCCCUAUCCAAGACAGGCCCUUCACCUCUGUUAAACCAGUUGAACCCCAGCAAGGAUGUCAAUCUGUACAGCAGGAAAUCCCGACAUCUCGCCCUAUCCAAUGUUCAGAUACUGAUCUCGUAUUUCCAAGAACACCGACUCCAAGAAGACUACAGGAUGACAUGAUUUAUAAAAUGGAUGCUGACCCUUGUGGCUAUUGUUUGAUCAUCAACAAUAUAGAUUUCAUUCCAAGCAGUGGUUUGACUUGUCGCUCAGGCUCUGACAUCGAUUGUGAAAAUGUGCAAAAUCUCUUUAAGAAAUUGCACUUUGAUGUUAUUGUUAAAAGAAAUCUGACCAAACACUUGAUCGUCGAGGAGCUGAAAAGUCUAGCUUGCAAGGACCAUACAGAUUUCGACUGCUGUAUUGUAGUUAUUCUUUCGCAUGGCAGUCAGGCUCAGCACAGGCAAUUUCCUGGUGCAAUUUUUGGAGUGGAUGGGGGUCAACCAGUGCCAGUUCAGCAUAUUGUCAGCUAUUUUGAUGGUUCACACAGCCCAACACUGCGUGAAAAACCCAAAUUAUUCUUCAUUCAGGCUUGUGGUGGAGAUCUGAAGGAUACAGGAUUCAAGACGGCUGAGGAGGUGGACAGUGCUCCUAGUAUACCCUAUGAUACCAUUAGUUUGCAGACCGACGCAACUCCCUGUCUAGCAGAAGAUGAGCCAGAUGCAGUAUCGAGCUUACCGACCCCCAGUGACAUUUUGGUUUCAUACUCUACCUACCCAGGCUAUGUGUCCUGGCGACACAAAAAGGAGGGAUCUUGGUACAUGAAAGCGCUAGUACAUGUUAUCAGUAAAUAUGCUCAUUCUGAUGAUCUACAAACACUCCUAAUGCGGGUAACAAGAAGCAUUUCAGAAAAUGAGGAAGCUAAAGGAAAGUACAAGCAGAUCCCUGGUUCCUUCAAUUUCCUUCGCAAACAUUUUUACUUCUUUAACAAGGAGAAGCAGUGAAGUUUUCCGAUUAUGGAUUGAUGAGUAUGUGCCGUCAUCUUGCUGUAAAUCACUUUGAAAAAUCUCGAUGCUCUGGUUUUAAAAGGAAUUAAUUAUCACCGAGUGCUGAUCAGUUCCUAUCAUUCUGGUUGUAUAUUUCUAUUGCAGCUCAUAGAAAUUUGUAUCAGAGUAUGUAGGAGAGUGUUAGAUGUAAAUUAAUCAUUGAAUGUAUUUUAAUGUAUGGGUGACAUUGUGCAAUUGAUAUACUAAUCAGCAUUGACACAAUCCAUUCAUUGUGCUAACAUACAAACAAAAUAAAUCUCAUCUUUUUGGGGAGGAAGACUAUUCAAAUUACCUUUCAAGACACUUUAAUUGUUCAGUUGGGCAGUGACAGAAAGCAAGAUUUGGUUUCAGCAUCUAAAAUUUGCCUGCCUCUACUGGACACUUGUAUUGAUGAAAGAACAAUUGGAUUCACACUACAACAUAAAUGAAUAGUUCUGCUUCAAACACAUAGGGCCACUAAGAUGAGAGGAUGGUGGUAUGAGUUGAAUUAAGCUUACCCUAUCCUAACUCUGAGUUGGAUUGUGAAAUAAGAUAAUUGUAUUUAAUUAGCACCUUUGUCUUCUGUGCCUCAAUCAAGAUGGGAGAAUGGUGACGAAACAACUUAGAUCUGCGUGUCUGAGUUUGCUAAUCACAGCUGGAGUGGCAGUAAGGGUGCUACAACCGGUUUCCACCUGCCAGGAUAAGAUAAAAACAAAAACAGAAU